CAAUUCCCAACCAAACCCUUCUCUCCCUCUCUCUCUCUCCCUCUCUCUCUCGAUCUGUCCGCUUAUGGUGAUUUCAUAAAACGAAAACUCUUUUGAAAAACAGAUUCCACACACUGUCAUAUAUUUUCGGAUCGUCUUUUAAUCUGCUUUCAAAAAUACUUUUGUUUUUAUUUUUUGAAUUUCCAACAAAAACAAGAGGUAAAAAAAAAGAACAAAAAGCACAGAUCCCAUUUGUUUCGAGAUGAGCACUGGAGAGAUUCUCAGCAUCGAACCUCUAGAGCUCAAAUUUCCAUUUGAAUUGAAGAAGCAGAUCUCCUGUUCUCUUCAAUUGUCGAAUAAAACUGAUAAUUAUGUCGCUUUCAAGGUCAAGACGACGAAUCCAAAAAAGUAUUGUGUUCGACCAAAUGCUGGGAUCGUGUCGCCUCGGUCCACUUGCGAUGUUAUAGUUACAAUGCAAGCGCAAAAGGAGGCUCCUCCUGACAUGCAAUGCAAGGACAAGUUUUUGCUUCAGAGUGUGAGGACAGUGGAUGGUGCAACUGCAAAGGACAUUAAUGCAGAAAUGUUCAAUAAGGAGGCAGGACAUGUGGUGGAAGAGUGCAAAUUGAAAGUGCUUUAUGUUUCUCCACCUCAACCCCCUUCUCCUGUUCCAGAAGGGUCUGAAGAAGGUUCUUCCCCGAGGGGUUCUGUGUCAGACAAUGGGAAUACAAAUGGCAAUGAGUUUUCUAAUGCUACAAAAGCAUUCUCUGAGAGGUUUGAACCUCAAGAAAAAUCUUCAGAGGCAAAAGCUCUUAUUUCAAAGCUGACUGAGGAGAAAAAUAAUGCAAUGCAACAAAAUACUAGGCUUCGUCAAGAAUUGGAACUCCUAAAGCGUGAGGGCAACAAAAACCGCGCAGGUGUCUCAUUUAUGUUUGUCAUGUUUGUUGGUUUGCUUGGCAUAAUUCUGGGAUAUCUGAUGAAGAAGUCAUAAGCAAUGGCUCCAAAUCGUGCCUUGGCCAUAAUUUUCCUCUUAUUUCCUUUCCAUCACCAAUCAAAGAAUGAUGAUGAAAGGAAAAGAAACUGAUGAGCAAAAAACAUGGUGCAUUUCUUAGUUAGCUUUUAUGAAAUUAGCAAACUUGUUUAGGUCAGAUGAUGUGUUUGUAGUCGAAGAAGACCACUCAGACUCGUGCUUCCAUUGACAUGCAUUCUUUUUGUAACCUAAGAUGAUUUUCUUUCUUUCCUUUUUUUCUUUUUUUGUGAAUUUUUCUUUUGUUUCUUUUGUGCUUAACUUUGAGAGAUCCUGCUCUUGGUAAUACCAAAAGACUUAAUAAUCUACAUGUCUUGACUUUGUUGGAACUUA